AUGAAAGCGCGGCUCGCAGCGCAUGCCGCAUACUUCAAACGGACGCAAGUAACACACCAGGCGCUCGGGAGUUUCCGGCCGGCGAAAGCAGUCCAAUCCAGUCCCGUCCGUCCGUCCGCUAGAGUACGGCCUGACGGACCGGAUGUGGAAAUCCCGAAACGGGUUUCAAAUCUCUCGAUCAGAGCCUCGGAUGUCGGUCGGUCUCGGCCGCGCAGUACAUCCCCGCGCGGCGCCAGAACCCCCCGCCCCCCAGCCCCCCAGCCUGUGCACGGGCCGCGCGCUGACGACCAGUCCCCGCCCGCCACGCCAGCCCUCCAGCCUCCAGGUCAGCCCCCGCUCCCCUCCCCGUGCAGUUCCCCCCUUUUGUUUCUAAAAAAGUGCCGCUGCUGCCUCUCCCCCCCUCCCUCUUCGUGUGACGGCCAGCAGCGAUCGUACCGCCAACCCCUGACCCUGUUUUCCCGUGCCCUCGCUCGCUCGCCUCCCCUCCGCUCCCUUGCGCUCCCUGCUCUGAGCGCUGCUCGUGCGUGCCUUCAUGAGCAGGCCUCGACCUUCGCAGCUCUCUUUCUCUGCUCUGCUCACUGUCGUGUGUUCAAUCCGCAGGGGAGAAGGGAAUGGAAGGGAAGGGAGCGAGGGGAGUGGAGUGGAGGUAGGCAGGGACGAGGGGAGUUGGGGCGACGGGGCAGGGCUUCGGAUGGGCUGCGCGGGUCGGCGUUGGGCUCGGGCGCCAUUUGCGCUGCUGUGGUAGGGCGGGAGGGCGGGCGGGAGGUGUUUCCGUUGCAGGAAGUUCGUCCAUCUCGGGGUCCGAGGGUUGCGUGCCGGAGUGUUCCCGAUUUGGGCCGUCAGGGCUUCCACCGACGGGAGUUAAGCUGUUUCGCGCGACUAUGGGCUUUAGUUCUUGGGUCGGAGUUACCUCGCAGCCCUCUGCGGCGGUUUGCGAGUCUUUCGUAA